AGAUUUCUCCAUCUUGCUAAGGAGGAACAAUUCCCUUUUUGGCAUAACUGAUGGUACCAUGCAAAAAUCAGAUCCUCGAAAAGAUGGAGAAAUUAACAUACAGAGAAACUGACUUGUCAGAGGUCAGAGCAAGGUAUUGGUGGAUCCAGGGAUAAAUCCCAAACCUCUUAACUCCUUGACCAGUUUUUAGUUCAUUGACUAUGCAGCCUAGUGUAAUAGACUGGAAUGAUGUUAGAAAACACAAAUAUGGUCACCUAUCAGAGUCUGCAUCCCAAUAUCAAGAAGCUACUGACAUCCUGGAGCUAGCAUCUAGUGCUUUUUGCAUGGCCCAAAGGGGCCCUGUGCUGCUCCACCACAGAGGAAACUUCAAGAAAUGCUGGUUUGCUACAAUGUUUUAGCUUGUGAGAGUCUCUGGGACCUUCCCUGCUCCAUCAUGGGGUCACCUCUAGGUCAUUUUACCUGGGACAAAUACCUAAAAGAAACAUGUUCAGUCCCAGCACCUGUCCAUUGCUUCAAGCAGUCCUACACACCUCCAAGCAACGAGUUCAAGAUCAGCAUGAAAUUGGAAGCACAGGACCCCAGGAACACCACAUCCACCUGUAUUGCCACAGUAGUUGGACUGACAGGUGCUCGCCUCCGCCUUCGCCUUGAUGGUAGUGACAACAAGAAUGACUUCUGGCGGCUGGUUGACUCUGCUGAAAUCCAGCCUAUUGGGAACUGUGAGAAGAAUGGGGGUAUGCUGCAGCCCCCUCUGGGAUUUCGGCUGAAUGCCUCCUCUUGGCCUAUGUUCCUUUUGAAGACACUAAAUGGAGCAGAGAUGGCUCCCAUCAAGAUUUUCCACAAGGAACCACCAUCACCUUCCCACAACUUCUUCAAAAUGGGAAUGAAGCUAGAAGCUGUGGACAGGAAGAACCCUCAUUUCAUUUGCCCAGCCACUAUUGGGGAGGUGCGGGGCUCAGAAGUGCUUGUCACUUUUGAUGGAUGGCGAGGGGCCUUUGACUACUGGUGCCGCUUCGACUCCCGGGACAUCUUCCCUGUGGGCUGGUGUUCCUUGACUGGAGACAACCUACAGCCACCUGGUACUAAAGUUGUGAUUCCAAAGAAUCCCUAUCCUGCAUCUGAUGUGAACACUGAGAAGCCCAGCAUCCACAGCAGCACCAAAACUGUCUUGGAGCAUCAACCAGGGCAGAGGGGGCGUAAACCAGGAAAGAAGCGGGGCCGGACACCCAAGCCCCUAAUUCCCCAUCCCAUCUCUACCCCAUCCAAGUCAGCUGAACCUUUGAAAUUCCCAAAGAAGAGGGGUCCCAAACCUGGCAGUAAGAGGAAACCUCGGACUUUGCUGAACCCACCACCCACCUCACCAACAACCAUCACCCCUGAACCGGAUACCAGCACUGUACCCCAAGAUGCUGCCACCAUCCCCAGCUCAGCCAUGCAGGCCCCCACAGUUUGUAUUUACUUGAACAAGAAUGGCAACACAGGCCCCCACCUAGAUAAGAAGAAGGUGCAGCAGCUCCCUGACCAUUUUGGGCCAGCCCGUGCCUCUGUGGUGUUGCAGCAGGCUGUCCAGGCUUGCAUCGACUGUGCUUAUCACCAGAAAACUGUCUUCAGCUUCCUGAAACAGGGCCACGGUGGUGAGGUUAUCUCAGCCGUGUUUGACAGGGAACAGCACACCCUCAACCUCCCAGCAGUCAACAGCAUCACCUACGUCCUCCGCUUCCUGGAGAAACUCUGCCACAACCUUCGCAGUGACAAUCUGUUUGGCAACCAGCCCUUCACACAGACUCACUUGUCACUCACCACCACAGAGUACAGCCACAGCCACGACAGGUAUCUACCAGGUGAAACCUUUGUCCUGGGGAAUAGUCUGGCCCGGUCCUUGGAGCCACAUUCAGACUCAAUGGAUUCUGCCUUGCAUCCCACCAACCUCGUCAGCACCUCCCAAAAUCUUCGAACCCCUGGGUACCGGCCUCUGCUUCCAUCCUGUGGCCUCCCACUGAGCACUGCCUCAGCUGUGCGCAGGCUGUGCUCCAGGGGGUCGGACCGAUACCUGGAAACCCGGGAUGCCUCUCGACUGAGUGGCCAGGACCCCUCCUCAUGGACAGUUGAGGACGUGAUGCAGUUUGUCCGAGAAGCUGAUCCUCAGCUUGGACCCCACGCUGACCUCUUUCGCAAACACGAGAUCGAUGGCAAGGCCCUGCUUCUGCUGCGCAGUGACAUGAUGAUGAAGUACAUGGGUCUGAAGCUGGGGCCUGCACUCAAGCUCUCCUACCACAUUGACCGGCUGAAGCAGGGCAAGUUCUGAAGCAGGGAGACGCAGCCUAGACAACUGAGGGCUCAAGCAAAUGGGGGCAGUCUUCUCCCAGGAAGGAGAGCCAUCAGCCCACUUCCUGGUGCCUCAUUGGGGUUCAGGGCCACCUCAGGACUCCAGGAGCCUGUGUGGAGCCACCACUACUACCCCCUCCUGCUAUGAUAUGUCCUUCCAUGAAGGACUGAGGAGGUGAGAGUGUGGGGCCCAGGGCUGGUGCUGCUCUUCCCCUCAGCCCUGCCUCAGCUCUGAGGUCUCUCUAUAUUUAUUUCUCAAGCCUGGCCGGCCUCUCACCAGGAGUUUAGACUGAACACCUUCCAAGUGAUGGAGGAAGGGGCCGACUCCUGAGGCCUCAGAAGAUGGGGCCCUGAAUUGAUAUUUGUGCCCAGUCCCCUUACCACCUGCUGGGCCUGGUGUGGCACCCCAUUGCCCCACAACUCCUGCCUUCUCCUCACAAGAUUCCCAGAGUCCAAACUCAUGGUGCAAACCUCUACCUUUUUUAAAAAAAGAUCUUUUCUUAUUGUUAAUUUAUUGCCUCUGGCACUUGGGCAAGCCCUCCAGUUCAUACUUCUCUUGCUCCAGACAUUGGGUUUCAGGAGGAGAGACACUGCCCUGCCCUGGUCCCAGAGAGGCGUGGCCCCUUUUCAGAGGACGUUACUCUAGGGCACUUGCUCUUUGGGAUGGACAGACCCGUAAAGCCUUGACCACAUCACUCAGCAUGGGGAGGAGAGGGUCCCUGUCCCCUUCCACUCUCUUCCUCCACUGGGCCCCUUUGUAGCCCUGGGCCUCAUCUCUGGGAAUGGGAAUCCCCUGCCCCACACUGUCCCCCACCACAGCUCCUUGCCCUGGCCAGAACUGCUGUGGAAGAAGGCGGGGCCCAAUGAUUUUAGGCCAAGAAGGCCCUAAGGUAGAUGGGAGGGAAGGGUCUCCAGGCCUGAGUCUGGUUGCACCCACUCCACGUCCAUAUGCUUCCUUAUUAAGCAAGUCAGCAGCACAGCUGCCCCUGCUGCCAUCUGGACUUAUUUUAUGUCGAUUUGUUUGUUAAUAAAAAACAAUAUAGAUGCCAAUGUC